GGCCAAACUGGAGGCUGGUGGGCAGUCAUGCAUGUUAUGGCAGGCCCUGCAGGUAGCCGGAAUCCGGGCCCCCCUGAAGCCCUGUACAUGGUCCUCUUAAUAAUGCUGGUUGUGACGAGCUUGGUGUUUGGUGCGUUUGAGCAUUAUGAUCAAGAACCCCUUCAUCAGAUUCGUUUAAACAAUUACCUAAGCUGCUAUCGAUGCCUCUUGGAGACCAAGGAGUUGGGAUGCCUUCUGGGAUCUGACAUCUGCCUCGCCCCAAAGGGCAGCAGCUGCAUGACUCUGCUCAUAAAGAACAACAGUGGUUCGGAGAUCAUGGUGAGUGACUGCCGCAGCAAGGAGCAGAUGAGUGAUUGCUCGUACACCCACACUUCUCCAGUGCCGGGCUUCUGGAUAUUCUCUCGAUGCUGCUUCCAGAAUUUCUGCAAUAACCCUGAGAACAGAAUAAAAUAUGGUCCUUAGAACUUCCAUAAAGACCUCUGGAGUAAAAACCUGCCAACUUCCAGCCAUCCUCCUGAUUUCCACCUGGGGGCGGCCAGAACAAUGUCGGCCCCACCCACCAGCCCUCCCUGCCGCCCUCAGCAGCAGUUACUGGACCCCAGUCCUAUCUGCCUCUUGGUUGACGCCCCUCAACACCCCUAUUCCCACUCUGCCCGUUCCCCAGGCUCCCUCUCCAGAAUUCUCUGGAGUUUUCCUUCCUCAGUCUGACACCUUUCCUCCUGUCUGUUCCCACCUCAAGGAUGCCCCUUUGCCCUGCUUUGCUUCUUUUCCCACCACAGUCCUCUCUUGUCCAAAGUCCCCAGCUGUUCCUCCAAAAUAGAUGUACAAACUGUUUGUCUCUCUCUUCUGGUGGAUGUGGAGGCUCAGGGAGGUGGUACUGCCUGAGUGCCCCAUUAGGGGCAGGUAAGUGGCUCCCAGCUCUGCAGAGCUCUGCUCCUGCCCUGCCCCACUGUCUCUGAUUCAGCUCUCAGCACAAAGAGGUUUAGAGGAACUGCAAGCCCUCCUAUGUUGAAGACCAGAAGGGUAGUGGGCAUCCUCAGAAGUGCUGUCAGACCCAGAACUGGAUGGGGACUGGUAGGGAGGUUCAUGGGGGUGUGUUGGUAGGAGUGGAGCUGUAAAAGAACCAGUUCCAGGGAGGAGAGGGUGGGGAAGGAGCUGUGUGAAGAGAUGCAAGGCCUAGUGGCCUCUCUGAUCCCAAGCUCAACUUCCCUUUUCAAGGACCAUGGUAAGUUACUCCUCAGUUUUGGGCCUUGGGUUUCUCAUCCUCUGAGGCUAUCUUCCAGUUUGACUUGCUGGAGCUGUAUAAACCUGGGCCUUUGACUUAUGCUGAAGUCAGAGGUCAUGGGGUAAAGUGGGGCGGCAAGAGAGGGACACAGUAGCUUGUACCUCUCUUUGUACCUCCAACUGCUUCCUGACCUAGAAACAAAUGUUGGU